AUGGAGCAGCCACACUCCGCAUUGCCGAUUGCAGCCGCCGUGGCAGCAGUGUACUCUGCCGCAGCCUUGCUGUUUGCUCACUGGUCGUUCUCCACGACGGCCGUGGCCUGUGCUUUGCCGUUGGUUCUACUGGCGUCAGCCCUUGCCGCCCGAGCCAUCCGAGGUGAUCCGGCCACUUUGAAGGGGAUUGAGGUUGGACUGACUGAGCGAGGGCUCUUUCAUCAGGCGGGCGAUCUGAUAGGCGGCGACCGCUUGAACCGGCCUCGCUUCCUUCUCGUGGCCAUGCCCAUCAACCACUUCGGAGAGCGGGUCCGCUGGGCACUUGAUCUCAUCGGCGCCCCCUAUGAAGAGUACACAGUGGGAGGCUUGAUUUCGGCCUUCUUGAGGGGCCGUAGUGUGCCGCAACUCAUCGAUCGCAAGACCUGCAGCCUGAUCGGCAACAGCGACGAGUGCCUCGCAUAUCUCAGCGCCGCCUAUGUCCCAAGCAUCACCGAUGCCCGUCUCCGGUCCAAGGCCAUCUCCUUCCUUCGCAACGAUGAGCAGACCGCGGCCUGGGAUGUGAAGCUGAACCAACUUGGGCAUCUGGUUCAAGGUUGGGCUUACUUCUACGUCUUGGACCCUGACACUACGCCGGAGGGAUGUUUGACUGCUUGGGGUGGCUACGAGCCCAUGGUGCCUCUAACGCACCGCGUCAUACUACGUCUGGGCCAUCCCUUCUUCAGGUUUUUCAUGAGGAUGGCCUUCGAGCUGUCCAGUCCGGAUGUGCGAGAUCGGCGGCGGAAGAUGAUUGAUGCCAUUUUGGAUGAAGCUGACUCGGCCCUUUCGAAGCAAAAGUACUUGACUGGCGAUGAGCUGUCCCAUGUCGACAUCACUUUCAGUGCGCUCGUUGCUCCACUGCUCGCCGGCCGACUGGUUCUCGCUCCUCAGUCUUCCUAUGCCAAGGGCCGAUUCAGCUCCUUCAAUGGUGCGAUGAAGAGGAUGUCGGACAGGUGGCCACAGGCUCUUGCUGAGUUUGAGCUAAACCUUCUGAAAAGGCCGUGUGCGAAGCACGUCAUAUCCCUCUAUGAGGUUCUGCGCUCCAAGCAGCUGUAA